UUUUUGCUUGUAACCGAGAAAACCCGGAUCCUGGUCGCGCGCACCGUCAGCCACGUCACCGAUCAGCGGCGCAAGCCCAAAGUCCAGUGUAGAUCAGCAGAGAGUUGCAGGACAUUUUCACGGAAUCUGUUUGGACAAACAUCUGAUCUGAGAUCAGCUUCACAACUCUUUAAUUCCAGCGCUGAUUACUGAACAGUAACAUGAAUAUCUUCCGACUGUCUGGAGAUGUUUGUCAUCUGGUCGCCAUCAUUAUUCUGUUCCUGAAGAUCUGGAGAUCCAAAUCAUGCGCAGGUAUUUCUGGCAAGUCUCAGGUGCUGUUCGCACUGGUCUUCACCACCAGAUAUCUGGACCUGUUCACAUCCUUCAUCUCUGUCUACAACACCAUCAUGAAGGUGGUGUAUCUGGUCCUGGCGUACGCCACCGUCAGCCUCAUCUACUUCCGCUUCAGGAACUCGUACGACUCUGAGAGCGACUCGUUCCGCGUGGAGUUCCUGCUGGUGCCGGUGGCGGGUCUGUCGUUCCUGGAGAACUACGCCUUCACGCCGCUGGAGAUACUGUGGACGUUCUCCAUCUAUCUGGAGUCGGUGGCCAUCUUGCCGCAGCUCUUCAUGAUCACGAAGACAGGCGAGGCCGAGUCCAUCACCACACACUACCUGUUCUUCCUGGGCCUGUACCGCACGCUGUACCUCGCUAACUGGGUGUGGCGCUAUCACGUGGAGGGAUUCUUCGACCAGAUCGCCGUGGUGUCUGGCGUCGUCCAGACCAUCUUCUACUGCGAUUUCUUCUAUCUGUACUUCACCAGAGUGCUGAGAGGAAGUGGAAAGAUGAGUUUGCCGAUGCCAGUGUGAGUUGGUGGAUCAGACCCCGCCCUCCGUUAGGCCACACCCAGUUGUGACAUCAUCAGCGGCCGCCCCUGUAGUUCUUGUGUUUGAGCUGCAUGUGCGGCUGGCGAAAAUGUGCCUUACAGUGAUCACAUCUGCUGGACAUAUCUCGUCUUUGAUGCCUUAAUGUAUUUUUGUUCAUAAAGACAAUGUUUUGAGGACGCCUGUGUUUGUUUAUAUGUAUAAAUGUGUGUGUGUAAGUUUGAGAAACGCUCCACAUUCUGUAUUUCAUAGUUUGCUUUUCACAUUUAUACUCAGUCUUUUUUUUAUCCUUCUGUAUAGUACAUGAUUUUUUUUUGUAGGAUGACCACAGACCAACCGUUGUAUGACAUCAAAUUACUGUGAAAGAUGCAGAGAGCAGAAGCUCCCUAUGCUUUUGAAUCGCUCUCAUGGUAAUUUGAUGUUACACACUGAUUGGCCUGCGCAGCACCGCUUCAAGUUUAACACACUAAAUAUGUUUUGUAAUGCAUCAAUUAUGUACAAUGCCUGCAUGUUAUUGGUCAAACUCCAUUUCAAUCAUUAACUUCAGCAAGUAUGAAAACAGGAAGAUCUGGAUAUUUUAGGCAACAUAUAAACCCUGGCCAGGAAAAAUGGCACAUAUGAUCACCUGAGUUUACGACCAAUGAACUGUUUUUCAUUCUGUAAAGGGACGUUUGUUUGGGAUCUUUAAAUGUUUUUGUGCCAAUGAAGAACCGUGAAGAACAUGUUAAACCACAUUUCAGUCUGAGAACGACAUUUACCAGAUGUCUGGCAAUAGCAGAAUGAUUUUUUUAAUGAAGAUGGGCAGUUUAUCUGUCCUGGUUUUUAUAAAGCAUGCCAAUAAAGAGUUUCUGUCUCUGCA